CAGUAAUAACAACAACACGCGACUGACAGCUAUCUUUUAUCUGAGCAUAGGUUGAUGGAUUGGAUUUCUGUACGCCUAGGUCAAAGGGCUGGGGACUACUCGGGAUGUAUUUUACAAUGCAUCUCGUGACUCCGUUGGCGAAGGGGUGUUGGAUAAUGGAUAAUCUAUAUUUAGUACCAAGGAUCUGUCAAUAGGAUCAUAYUGGCCAAUCAGAAAGAAGCCGUUCAAACUUCCUUGCGGGAGUAUCUACAGCUACGUCUUACUUUACUUUACUUUAUGUCGGUUACAAAGGAAGCGAGACAGCUACGUCAUGCUUACGUAAAAUAGGGUCAUAUUACCGUUCAAAGAAGAAGAAGCCGUUCAAACUUCCUUGCGGGAAUAUCUACAGCUACGUCUUACUUUACUUUACUUUAUGUCGGUUACAAAGGAAGCGAGACAGCUACGUCAUGCUUACGUAAAAUAGGGUCAUAUUACGUAAAGUUCACCGGCGGAUAGGAUACUGUAACAGAAUCGUCGCCAGCAGUGAGCAGGAGUCUAACGUAGUUGUUUAGGGACUUCCUACGGAAGUUUUAUAUUCUUAUCGAUAGCAUCACACCAACGCCCUGGUUAAAUUGCGCAGAAAACGAAGUGAAAUGAAAUAYUAGUGAAUGGUAUGAAGCUGAUCCCAGUAAAGCUAAACUACAUCGCUUCAAAUACUGCAURAAUAAGGACAAUCUCAUUGGAAUUUAUCAGCACUCGUUGCGAAAACAAUUUUUUUACCGAUUGUAACUGAACAAACUUUUACUCGGAAAUGAGAAAUUCAAUAAAGCUUAUUCGACUCGGAAAUCUCUGUCCCACGCUGUUGACAUCCAUAUCAGUGCUUUGACAACAUGCUACUAGGAAAUGUGGAUUUUGGAGAGUACAGAGGGCGUGGUCCGUCAAUGGGCAUCGGAACUCAAUACCAUUUAACAUGCUUUAUGCGUACAACAACUACAUGUUAAAAUGUCUUUAUCGUAAAGCAUGACAGCCUGCAUAAUUACCGCUAGUCAUAGACGAUUGAGGGCUCAGAACAUUUAUGACACACCGUAGAAAGGUCAUUCAGACUUACUGAAAUAUCACAGUACUGAUUAAUUCAAUACAGCUGUUUCAUUGAAAACUCACGAUGGCUCACACUGUCCAGACUAGAUAUCUCUUCCUAGUUUGAUCUGUACUUUAACCGUUCAAGCAYAUUAAGAGUGAGCAGUAAUAGCCCUUCUUGACUCGCGACGACUGCACAUGCGCAUGUAAGAUUUAUCAGAGAACCUUCUUUCACUGCUGGUCAUGGAGCGGGUCAAAAGGAAACUAGGACUGAAUCUCAAAGUUGUAAGUUAUUUUUUUGGAUGGAAAGAUGAUGACUGUGUAUUUAACCUGUGAGACCACACAUCUUGAUGUACCAUUAACAGAAGAUAGUGAUCCGCGAGGGAUUGGUACGAGUUUAUGACCAUAUUUAGACAUCAUAUCGCUGUAAAUGCUGUUUUUAUAAUUUUAAUCGUCUGUGAAAUUAAUUACCACUUCUAAGAUUAAAUUCUUAGUUCAUUUCCUCAACUUAUAAAAGACUAGCUCAAUUAGACUGUCUGGUUGUGGAAAGUUCUUUGUUUCCUGUUAAUUACUUCUCGUUUGCAGUUAAGACUCCUUUACAGCAACGAACGGAUUAGUUUAAUUCUUUGAUUGCUCAUUCUUCUUACUUUAUUAGUUAGGCAAAUAAUAUCUAUUGACUUUAUAGCCUUCUGAAUAACUUAGUUGGCUUGGUUUCUGUCUGAAUUCAUAUUCUUUCCAGUUUGCGGUCUUUUUGAUCAGGAUCUGUCCUUGUUUGACAUUAAAGGGUUUCUUUUUCGCACUUAAAUGGUUUCUUUUCGUUUUAUUGCUGCAUUAAAAUGGUUGYCCUUGCAAUUAAAUGGUUUCCAAGCUGGCAAAGAAUUCUAUUUGUUCCUGGAUUCUUUGUUCCUUCCAACUAUGGAAUGAUCACGAGCCAACWAUGUUAACAAGGAAGAAAAAUAGUUACUGUGAAGAUUGAAUGGAAAUGUAUACAAUAUGACAGCAGGAUUGACCUCUUGGGGUAGGAGUACUUUACUCGUGAUUUUACGUCCAUUCAACUGUUUGUUUAAUGCUUGAAUAGUAUUGAGGUCAUUGUACAGUAUCUAACAUCAUUUGUAAGUAAUCAUUUGGAGUGGUCAGAAGGCAUGAAAGCAUUUGUUAGUCUGGAGAUGUGAUUUUUUUGAACGAAUCUGAAUCACGCAAACUUGAUCUUCCUUCUUGAGUAAACUGUGCUUUAUUAGUGAUCCAGCAGAAUCAAUACAACCAAGAUAAACUGCCAAAAACCGCUUUGUGAAGUCAGUCUUGCAGAGUCAUUUCCUGAGCAACUGGUAACCGUCGAAUUUGGAAACACAGUCUGAGAUUGUAGGAGGAUGGUCARCCYCACYGAGAUGGUGCUGAAUGCUACAAUGGCAACAAAUAAUAUAACCGGUAGUCCGAUUGGAGAGGCACCGCCGUCAUUUGCUAAAGAACCAGUAUUUUCGAUUAUCAUACGAUGGAUUAUAGCUGCAUUAAUAUUUCUUGUUGGAAUGGUCGGGAAUUGUUUGGUAUGUGUGGUCGUUUUUAAAAAUCAUCGUAUGCAAACUGCUAUGAAUAUGUUCUUGGUAAACCUUGCGAUAUGUGAUAUGUUUGUGUGCGUGAUCAAUAUUUGGUUUACGAUGAUCUACUGGGAACUCGAUGGAGAAUGGCCCUUUGGUUUAGCUUGGUGCAAAAUUAUGCCUACGCUACAAAUCAUGAACAUUGCGGCAUCGACAGGAUCUUUAGUCGCCAUGUCCGUAGAAAGAUAUAGAGCCAUAUGUAUGCCAAUGGCAUUACCUCUGUCUCGAUCACAAGCAAAGCUAUCAAUUGCCUUAGCAUGGACCAUUGGGUUAUUUGUUGCACUACCAGAAUUAGGUGCCUACACCAUCGUGGACCGGGGUAAAUAUGAAUAUGGAUGCCAGGAAGUUUGGCCUUAUAAAGUUUUACAAAAGAUCUACUCCAUGUUCCUCUUUGUGGCUAUGUAUCUGCUGCCACUACUCUUUCUAUUACCUGCCUACAUUCACAUGAUAUAUAAACUAUGGGCUGUCGAGGAGAUUAAAUCCACAACAAGUGGCGUGACUCAAGGCGAUCCACAGGCCUUGAAGAGAAGAAGAAACGUUUUGAUGAUGAUGGCAAUCGUUGUAGCGUCGUACGCAAUAUGUCUUAUGCCGUAUCAUGCAGUGUACCUUUGGAUGGAUUACGGAUCAGGCAUGACGUUUUCUUACCUCGUUAUACUCCUAUGCUACACCCAGGCACUAUCAUGGUUCAACAGCUGUGUUAACCCCAUCAUCUACUGGGUCUUCAGUGAGCAGUUUUCUAAAGAAUUCAAUAAAAUCCUUGGAUGUAAUCGUCUUAAGCGCAAACGGAGAAUGUCUUUCACGCAUAGCUCUUCUGAGCAGAAUCACUCYAACGCGCCUGGCCAUACUCUUAACACAAACGUUCACUCUCAAAAGGUAUAAUAAGCGACUAAAUGGAAUAAUCACUGUUUGAAACAAGYUGUCUACACAAUCCAUUUGCCAGAAAGACGAAAAGCAACCUGCUCAUGACACGGCGAAAGGCUAAGCCAUACAUCCUGUGGCUGGCAUUGGGUAUUCUUGGYGACUCUUUUGAGACAUUCUCAAACUUUGCUAACAUCAACUCGAGAAUGGGAACAAAAAAACAUUUGUAGAACUAGGUCACAUGGCACUGCUGGGGUGAUCCAUUUCAUCGACAACUGAAACUUGUCUGCCAAAUAUGUUGCUAAAACGACUCAACAGAUGCAGAUUUUGCCUUGUAAUUUAUGUACAUAUUAUAUUUCAUGGUCUUCUUAGUAAAACGCAUAAUAUCUUAUCGCUAGCUAGUGACUUACCACCAUACCCAGCGGACAACAUCUUCACGCAGUAACGUGAGAGCUGUUUUAAGGAUCUGAUAGGCUAGGGUAGUUUAAUAAUAAAUACUGUCAUGUCAAGAUUUGUGAAAUUGGGUGGAUUAACGUAGUACCUUUAUCAAUAUUAUUUGCUUUUUAUGAUCAGCGCUCUGCUAAGCAAAUUCUCAAAGAAAUGCUCUAUAUUUGACAGUUUGUUGGAAUUCUUGCAAGAAAUUAUUAUCAAGUGGCUUUCAUAACAUUUGAAAUAUAGAUACAGUAUGAACAAUGUUAGUGUGGAUCAUAAUCGCUUAGUUUCCGUGAAACAAAGCAUAGCUAAAGUUUAAACAUGUUUAAUACUCCGUCAAGACAAAGAAAAGUCUAAUACUAGAAUAUUUCACGACUCAAAUUAUGAAAACCACUCAAGACGCUUCCAACUUCGACGAUGAUAUAUUAUUUAGCUAAAAACCAUUGUUGGUUGUAAAAUUAGUUAAUUUAUUAAGAUGAAGAAAUUAAUAUAGGGUUCAUAUUAGAGAAAAUGCAUUUUGUUAGGCUUUUUAGAAAUAGCGGCAUUGAUUCGUUUUGUGUUAUAGUUACAUAGUUUUCUUAUUUAUGCAGUAUCUGACCUUAUCUUAUUAACACACGACUCAUAGCUUUAAGGCUUGUAACGACUUCCCAAAAUGUUUGCUGUGAACAGUGGUCAGUGUUUUGAUGGUCAAAAGGGUAAUAAAAUACACUGCAUAAGUAUGAAAAUCGCAGUAUUGAUGUAAAGUAUAUAUAUGUGUAUAUAUUGUUAUUUAUUGUAUAUCUUAAAAAAUAGCGAAUUAAAUAUUACAUAACCGCA